CGUAACCAAUAAGCAAUAAGAUAAGCCUAAUGAGCUUACCCUCUUUUUAAGCAGGUUGACAAUUGGUGUUUUACAACUUCAUGCAACAUUCAACUCAACUGUUUUCGUCUCUGUUGCUGUGAAGAGAAGAUGGCUAUUGUACCAUCGAUUUUCCAUGUUUGUCUUUUCCUUCUUGCAUUCGAACCUGGUCUGAUAUGGGGCACUCCUUGCUGCGAACCAGUUCAGGCCACUGAUAAUGAUAAGCUUCAGUUUGCUCUCAACUUGGAGUUCUUGGAGGCAGAGUUUUUUCUUCGUGGAGCGCUUGGGGAGGGGCUCGAUGCAAUAAAUUCAUCUUUGGCAAAGGGUGGUCCGCCUCCUAUUGGUGCCAGGAAAGCCAAUCUGGACCCUGUUACUCAUAGGAUAAUCGAGGAGUUUGGUUAUCAGGAAGUUGGUCAUCUCAGGGCCAUUGUUAAUACAGUUGGGGGAUUUCCAAGGCCUCUGCUGGAUCUCAGCCCUGGGAAUUUCGCAAAAUUAUUCAAUCAAGCGGUUGGUUUCACUCUGAAACCUUCAUUUGAUCCUUAUGCAAACUCACUUAACUAUCUCUUGGCAUCUUAUGUAAUCCCUUAUGUGGGGCUGGUAGGCUAUGUUGGCACCAUCCCAGACCUCACCUAUAAUACAACUAGGCGUUUGGCAGCUUCACUUCUGGGAGUGGAGUCUGGCCAGGAUGCAGUGAUAAGAACAUUACUGUAUGAGAGAGGCAAAGAAGAGGUAUAUCCAUAUGGGAUAACAGUGGAAAAGUUUACUAUCUAUAUAUCAGCUCUUAGGAACGAGCUUGCCAUGUGUGGCAUAAAAGACGAAGGCCUAAUGGUACCUAAGGAGCUUGGCGCGGAGAAUCGGACGACCAGCAACAUUUUGUCAGCCGAUGCUUAUUCGCUAUCUUAUGCGCGGACACCACAGGAGAUAUUGAGGACAGUUUAUGGAACCGGUAAUGAGUCUUGUCCCGGAGGAUUCUACCCUCAUGGUGCCAAUGGGAACAUAGCUAGGAGCUUCCUUGUCCGAGAUAAAUAUUAGGAGAACCAGCAGUUUUGGAGGGCUAUUAUGAAAGCAUAUCACAAAUAAGUGAAAUAAUUACAAUCGUACGUGCAACUAAUUACCCAAAAAUAUAUUUUAAAUAAGAUAAUAAUGGCAAACGAACUUGAAGAAAUCGUGAAAAUAAUUCACAAUUGUCGAUCAACAUCAUUUAUAUAUGUGUGUGUGAACCAAAUUUAAGGUAGGAAUAUUUUAUGAGUUGUCAACUUCCCUAGUUAAGCUUUUUAAACUUAUACCUAGUUCAGCUUAAUGGCAGUGGUGUUGACACAAGAAUAUACAGUCGAUCAUUUAUUGUCAUCUUUCCUACUUAAUCUUCCUUUGUUUGUUAUUUUGCUAUUUUUAGUAAUAAAAUCUUAAUAAUAUGAAGGAGUUUCCUUUUGUCUA